AUGGCCGUCACAGAAGGACAACAAGUCAUGGCUCUCAUCAGCAAGCGUCUCCGUGCUCACCGCAAGAAAUUCAACCGUAUUAUUGAGAUGGAAGAGUCGGUUUCUCUAGGAAAAACCCUAAACAAGGAGCAAGAAGAAGCCAUCCGCUUGAAGCCAAUCGUCACUGCCCUUAUUGAGGAGCUCGAGAAGCUCCAUCUUCUUCCUUCCACGGCCGCUUCUGAAGAGAUCAGCCUCCCUGUCAAGAAAAACAAAAACAAAAACAAAAAGGAACGUAAGGAGGUAGCCGUGGAGGAUAAAGUAACUGAGAAAGACGUGACGAAAAUUGAGAGUUGCAAGAUCUCUGAUGGUCUUGAUGCUGGUGAGGUCUUGAAGGACAAUAUUUCUCCGUGUAGGGUAAGCUCACAAGAUGGUACGUCAUCGCCCCCCUCGGCGAGUCGUGGAAAGCCACGACGUAAACGGAAGGCGAAGAAACCUCAGACUUCGAACUGAUUGUUUCUCCAACUUUUGUUCGAAGCGGAAGUCUGUGCAAACAAAAGUAUUAUGAAUUGCUUUGGUCACAAUCUUAGUGUUCUUCCGCUCGUUCGUAAGAGCUUUUUGCGUUUGAGUUUUCUUUCUACUAUUUUUGGUUCAUUAUGAAUUUAUUCCCGGAGAAUUGUUUGGUCACC